GAUUGACUUGACUUCACUGAGUUUUCCAAGGUCGUAAAAUAAAUUUAAAAAAAAAACACUGAGUUUUGAAAAACAGUAAUUAUAUAUAAAGUCGCGAUUUAAAUUAAGCAUUGCAGUACUAAUAACAAUAAAAAUAAUAAAAUGGCUUCACCUUCACCUAAAUCACCUGAGCAAAGUGAAAAGAACAAGCAAUACGACCGGCAACUGCGGUUAUGGGGUGAUCAUGGACAAACUGCCCUCGAAAAUGGACAUAUAUGUUUAAUAAACGCCACAGCCCUUGGUACAGAAAUAUUAAAGUCUAUCGUUCUUCCCGGCGUAGGAGCCAUUACCAUUGUCGAUCACAACAUAGUCAGUGAAGAAGAUAUAGGCAGCAACUUCUUUUUGGAGUGUUCCAGUAAAGGUCAAAAUAGGGCUGCCGAAACUCUGCGCCUACUGCUGGAGUUAAACCCCGCUGUGCAGGGGCAUGCUGUACAAGAACCUACUGAACAAAUAUUGCAAGAAAACCCUGACUUUUUCAAGUCUUUCAGUGUUGUUGUUGCCACAUCUCUUGGAGAAAAAAUCAUACAAGAUUUAGCUCAACACCUAUGGGAUAUUAAUGUCCCUUUUAUGUUAUGUAGGUCAGUUGGAUUUUUGGGAUCAUUCAGGAUACAAAUUAAAGAGCAUGCAAUUGUUGAAACUCAUCCAGAAAAUGAGCAAAUUGGGUUAAGAUUAGAUAUUCCUUUUCCAGCUCUCUCUGAAUACUUGUCUAACUUCAAUAUUGAUACUGUAGAUUUAAAAGAUCAUGGCCAAAUACCCUGGAUAGUUAUUUUAUACAAAGCUGUCCAAAAGUGGCAACUAGUGAACCAAAACCGGUGGCCUAUGAGUAGGAAAGAAAAAAAUGAAAUCAAAGAGAUCAUUCAAAGUUUCAUCAGAAAGGAUGAAAAUGGUAUACCUAUUGAAGAAGAGAAUUUUGAAGAAGCGCUCAGAGCUGUGAAUACUGCGUUAAUUCCUACUUUUUUACCUGUAAAAAUUCAAGAACUCUUAUAUUGUAGUUCAGCUACUAAUUUAACUAAGGACAGUUUACCAUUUUGGAUAAUGUGUUCAGCUUUAAGAAAUUUCAUUGAAUCAGAGGGAAAGAGCAAGCUGCCACUGAGAGGUGUAAUACCAGACAUGACAUCUUCAACAGAGCAUUAUGUUAAACUUCAAACUAUGUAUCGCAACCAAGCGGCCAUGGAAGCAGAGAUUGUAUAUAGGAAAGUGCAAGAAAUAGUGGCACAGCUACACUGUGAAAGUAUAAGUGAAGCAGAAGUUAAACUGUUUUGUAGACAUUCGCAUGAUUUACAUCUUAUAAAAGGUUCUAACAUAGCCAUGGAGUACCAGUUGGGCAGUAAUAAUGUAGCCUCUUACAUUGCCAGGUACUUAGAAGAGCCAGACGUGAUGAUGGUUCAUUAUAUACUCCUAAGAGCUGCUGAAAUGUUCCGUUCUGAACAUUGUCGAGCACCAGGAGAAUGGGAGCCGGAAGCGGACAUAGCUAAGCUAAAAAUAUGUGUUUCAAAAUUGCUUAGUGAUAUAUCAUGUUCACCAUUCUCCAAAGAUGAUCAUAUCCAUGAAAUGUGUAGAUAUGGUGGAACAGAGAUUCAUAGUGUUUCAGCUUUCCUCGGCGGAUGCAUUGCUCAUGAGGCUAUAAAAAUAGUUACUAAGCAAUACAACCCUGUUAAUAACACAUUUAUAUAUGACGGAGCUUCUACUAAUACGGCCACAUUUACAUUUUAAAUAUUAAUAUUAUUAAAUAAAGGAAUAAGCAUUUAUAAA